AUGAUAGCUUUUCGCUGUGAAAUUACAGCUCCCUCUCGUCGCCGUAGCCGUUCGAAACUUUGUAGGCUGGAAAAAAUCCCUGAGGAAUCUCUUAUCCUCCCCAAUGUUCCAGCUUGUGAACAUUGCGGUGCUAAGAGGUUUCACAUGGAGCCUCCUUCUUUUUGUUGCCGUGGCGGCGAGGUUAAAAUUGUCUCUCCUCCCAUGCCUUACAGUCUGAAGCGAUUAUUUACUGGUUCUAAUGAGGAAUGCGAGGACUUUCGGAGAAAAGCCCGCACGUAUAAUAAUAAUGUUGCUUUUACAUCGUAUGCUGCAAAAUAUGACAGGGAAUUAACAAAAAACAAGCAUGGAGUGUAUACGUUUCGAGUUCAGGGUCAGGUUUAUCACUUUUUGAACUCUUUGUUGUCAAACGGUGAUCAACCUAGUGGAAUUCAGUUAUACUUUUAUGAUACUGAUGAAGAAUUAAAGAGGAGGACUAAAAACUGUGAUAAGCUUCGUGAGGGUACUUUGAAGCUGCUUAUGAGUAUACUCCAAGAUAAUCCUUAUGCAAAAUUCUUUAAGAGCUUAAGGGAUCUUCCAAAUCUUGAGGAUCAUACAAUUAUUCUCAAUUCUAAUCCUGCCUUAGACCAGCGAGUAUAUAAUCUUCCUACUGCAUCCCAAGUUGCUGCUAUUUGGACUGAAAUUGAUGAUGAUUCAGUUGAUAUGCGCCCUCACAUUCAAGUCUAUAGUCACUCUAGCACGAGUUAUAGAGUUCAGCCUUAUUAUGGAUGCUGUGAUUCUUUGCAGUACCCUCUCCUCUUUCCUAGAGGUGAAUCUGGGUGGCAUUAUGGAAUUAAGCGCUUUCAUAAGAAGGAGAAAAAGGGGAAUUUGUCUGCCAUCAACCAAUCUGUUGAUCUUUCCUCCAUAGAUACUCCAUCACAGCUGUUAGAGUUGGAACAAAGAGUUGCUGACAAGGGUUGGAGUGAGGACUAUUUUGUGUCUGCUAGAGAAUAUUAUUGUUACAAGUUCCAAAAAAAAAAAAAUGCAAUACGUACUGAAAUUCUCCAAGGGGUUUUAGAUAGCAUUGCUAUUGGUCAGACGCAGGGUUCUAAAGUUGGUCGAAGGACCAUUUUACCUGCUUCUUUUAUUGGGGGUCCGAGGGACAUGAAACGCAGAUAUUUGGAUGCAAUGGCUUUGGUUCAGAAAUAUGGAAAGCCUGACAUUUUUUUGACCAUGACAUGCAAUCCAAUGUGGAAGGAAAUUCAGGAAAGUUUGCAAUAUACAGAAAAGCCGCAGGAUAGGCCUGAUUUAUUGUCUAGAGUUUUUAGAGCUAAAUUUGAAGUGGUCAAGAAUGAACUUCUGCACAAACACAUUUUUGGAGAGGUUGCAGCGUGUGUCUAUGCUAUCGAAUUUCAGAAGCGCGGCUUUCCUCAUGCUCAUGUCCUUUUGAUUCUUAAGCCUGAGUUCAAAUUAUUAAAUGCUGAAUCGUAUGAUAAAAUUGUUUGUGCUGAACUUCCUGAUCCAAAAGAGCAUCAGCACUUGUACUCUCUCGUUGUUAAACAUAUGCUUCACGGUCCCUGUGGAGAUAUGAAUAGGAGUUGCCCUUGCAUGAAAAAUGGUUCUUGUAAAAGCCAUUAUCCAAAAGAUUUUUCUGACCAUACUAUUCAUGCCGAAGAUUCUUACCCGUGUUAUAGAAGGAGGGAUGAUGGUAGAAAGGUGAAAGUUCGUCGGCACGAAUUGGAUAAUCGAUGGGUUAUACCUCAUAAUCGAUACCUCCUUGCUUUGAUCGAUUGCCAUAUGAAUGUGGAAAUAUGUUCUACUAUCAAGCUUGUCAAAUACCUUUAUAAAUAUGUCUUCAAAGGACCUGAUCUUAUCAGUUUUCAGGUCAUCGAUCAGCCUUCUUCUGCUGAUGUUGACGAAAUCAAUAAUUUUCAGAAAGCUAGGUGGAUAUCUCCACCGGAAGCAUUAUGGCGAAUCUAUGAAUUCCGCCUUAGUGAAAUGACUCCAUCCGUUUAUACUCUUCAAGUCCAACUUCCUGCUCAGCAGCCCAUUUCUUUUGACAGUAAUUCAGAUUUGAACUACUUGCUCAAAAAUAUCGAUUUCUCUAGGACGAUGCUGACUGAAUUUUUUAAUACAAACAAGUCAAAUGCAAAGGCACAGACCUUAAAAUGUUUGUAUAGGGAAUUUCCAGAACAUUUCGUGUGGACUCCUAAAACAAAAUCAUGGUCCGAAAGGGAGCGUUGCCGAGCAAUAGGGAGAUUAGUUACGGCAAAUCCAAAGGAAGGUGAGCGCUAUUUUUUGCGCCUUUUGUUAUGUCAUGUUCGUGGCCCAACGUCAUUUGAUCAUCUUUUAACUGUUAGCGGUGAACGGAUGAACUCCUUUAGAGAAGCUGCUCUUAGGCUGGGUUUGUUAGAAUCUAAUAACUACAUACAAGAAACUCUAGAGGAAGCUGUAGCCUUUCAGAUGCCAUCAUCAUUGCGGUUAUUAUUUGCUACUCUCCUAUUCUACUGCUCUCCCACUGAUCCUAAACUCUUGUGGACUAGGUUUCAAAAGGACCUCUCGGCAGAUUAUAUUCAUGCUCAAAAGUAUACUAAGUAUACUAAGUUCUGGAAGACAUUAAUAAGUCAUUAG